ACAUGACCAGGCAGGCAUGACUGUUGACGAUGCACGCGGCCAUGUCGAGGACAAAACGACGAGUGUGCUGGUCGGCAGGGAGGAGGUGUUGCGGGUGCUUCGGACCAAAUUGGACAGCGGCACGCGGCGCGGCAUACUCACGCGCCGAACGAAAACGGUAGACAAUCUGACCGGCUUCACGGUGGUACACUCAGCGUUAGGAAGUUCUCCGGGGAAUGCCGUAUUCACAUGCAGUGGACAGCAAACCGGGAAGCUUGUGAUGAGCACGAGAGUCGAGGACGAAGAACUACACGGUGCAGAGGAACAUGAACUAGCCACACGCACCUCCGAAUCUGCGCAGGCUUGCGACGAGCGUGCGAGCACGACGCACCGCGUAGGCAUCCAGACGCUCGACGCGCUGUUUGGCUGGAAGACAGGACCACGGGACUCGAUUCUCUUUGUGAAAGUGGACGCGGAGGGCCACGACAUGGACAUUUUGAAAGGCGGCCGGAGACUCCUGCAACAGAAAAUGGUUCGGUACCUACUGUUCGAGGUGAAUGUCUCCGGGGAAGAAGAUUUCGUCACCUUCCUUCAUUUCCUAGCCGCAGAAGUGCAGUACAAAUUUUGCUACGCGGUAAUGCCCGACGCACUGUUCCCGCUAAACGAGCAGCUGUUCUACGAUUCGUACGAGCAGGUGUUUUUGCAAGCACAACGCGAGGAAGUACAUCUGGACGACCACGCAGGUCCUGAGCAUUUAUUUCGGAGUGACGACCAGGAGAGACAGCAGCUGCCUUCGGUUUUGCGAGCCUACUUCUCGAUGAAAGUUGCGCGUGCGUGGAACGUGAUCUGCACGUACAGCGCAACGCACGCACGGUUUCUGCACGCCAAACACACGCGAAACCAGCGGGCCUUUCUCUUUCUGUUCCGAAAGCCCUUCGGCGCCGAGACGAGCAGUUUCAAGAAAACUUCCGACUGGUGGCUGCGAACCGGGAUAGGCAUCGAGAGGGAAGAGCGCGCGCACUUCGCGGCCGUGUUCCCGCAGGCGAAAAUUGGCAACCACGGACAUGGCUUUGCCCGCCGCAGCACGCUCGCGUUCCUCCACGCCUUCACCAACCAGGCGGAACUCGACCAGCCGAGAACUCCCUGGUGGAGGCAAACUGGAGACGGGGGAGAGAGUGCUUCGAACACGGACAGGGCUAGCGCCGCGACGCCGGGCGAAGAAGAGGACGAACUGAUCCAGGGAGUGAUCAAGCAGUCCGUGGUUGCCGGGCAGGAGGAGCACAAGGACCUCGUGGACAUUGCGACGGCACAGAUUCCGCUCAGCGAUACCACGAAUGUCGCACGGCAGCACUGGCACUUGUUUGAGGAGGGGAGAUACGCGAUCCGCAGUUUCCUGGAUGUGGUCACGCAGCGCGUCCCGGGCAAGGGGUUGGCGAACCUCGCGGCGCGCCUCUGCGGAUCGCGGUUCCAGCCGAAUUACAUUGUGGAGCCGCGGAUCAUGAAACUGGGCACGGUGCUGGACAGCAAGCACGUACAGGGUGCGUUGUUGCAGAAGCUGACCGCGGUGGAUAUCAGCACGAACCGGAACGGCGAAAACGAUUUUUACCACGAGCUGGCCCGGUAUCUGGAGCGUCGCGCGCACGAAGCGGGGUUUCUGGACUCGCUCUGGGUGCUUUGCGGCGCGGAGCUCUGGUAUGUCGCUGCGUGGCGAAAGCGCGGGAGCGUGGGCAGCUUCCUCUCCUUGAUGCAGCUGGGCUGGACGACGACGACAAGUGUGAAUAGAAAAACGAGGAGUCCUGACUCGAGCGAAGAUGGGGCUUCGGGUUCGACAAAUCGCGAGACUUUUGGGGCCGGUUCGCGCACGCAAAAAACGGGCUCUUCUGCUGGGCUAACACACGACAGCGCCUGCCUGUUGCUGGAUCGCAUGGGAAUCGUCGACUUGCAGGACCUGUUUACGAAAUACGUGUCGCCGCACGAUUACGAGGAAUGGAAAACAUCUGCCGAAAAACGAGGUUCAUUCGCUCGAAGAAGACAAGGUGGUCAUGAUCGCGAGAAGCCUGGUGCAGCUAGAACAAAGUUCUCGGAUUUUUAUGCGGAUAUGUGGCGCGACCCCGUUGCAAUGCUGCAGGUGCACUACAACCUGACACAGGCAGUGCACCAUGUCAAAACUCCGAAAGAUAUUCUACCAUAUGCCGUUUCUGAAAAGGCACGGACGUUGGCGGACGAGGCCGUGAGCAGGGCGUAUGGUUUUGACGCAGACAACGAUGAGGGGACCUUUGACGAUGCAGAAGUACGGUAUCGCACCAACCAUCUGCGAUACCCCAUGGCAGCUGCGCAUCUAGCCGAGGAACCGAGAGAGGACACGGGACCGGAGGAGCUAGAAGAAUCACACGCGGGGCGGAUCUUCCUAUGGGACUUUGUAGAGGAUGCCAUUCUGAAAACAGAUUUGCGGGCCGUCUUUUGGAGUGCCUACUUUCAUGGGUCACAGGAGGCGGCUGACUGAGGAAGGUCGUCAGAAAAGCAUACAAGGAGUUGACGAAAGCUAUGUUCUUGAAAAUCUUCCUUCUUGAUGCUGGCCGAAGCACUUCGCCGAAAGACGGAUAUCCUGUACAAGGAAAGAG